GUUCCCGCCGAAAAGUGAUCACUAUUUUCCACCAUAAAUUUUUUAUAUUCCGCACCACAAUGAGCCCCAACGUGCCCACCAGCCGCCGGGCAUUCCGCCGAACGGACGACUACACGCCAGGCACGGCCAAGCUGAAAGCCGUGGAAGAAGCCCUGCCCCCGCUGGGUCCCACAUCAGUUUUGAUCAAGAUCCACGCCAUUGCGCUCAACUACCGCGACGCCAACAUCGCCAACGGAGGGAACCCCUGGCCCGUCCUACCGAACGGGAUCCUCUGCAACGAUGCCGCCGGCGAGGUGAUCGCAGCCGGCGAGAAGGUCAAGACCCUUGCUAUUGGGGACCGCGUCGCCCCAAUUAUCGACACGAAGUUCGUGUCUGGUCGAGAGCUGGGCCGGUCCUGGCUUGCAGCGGACGAGGAUGGGGUUAUGGCGGACCAUGUUAUCUUCGAGGAAGACGUUGUCGUCAAGCUGCCCACGUAUCUAGACUGGGUCAGCGCGGCCAUGAUCCCGUGUGCAGGCGUCACGGCGUGGUCGGCGCUCAAAGGGAUGAGUAUUGGGCAGACGGUUCUGAUUCAAGGAACUGGAGGUGUCAGUGUCUUCGCGCUGAAGCUCGCUCGCGCGGCGGGCCUGCGCGUCAUUCUUACUUCUUCCAGUGAUGAGAAGCUUAAUAAGAUGAAGGAAAAGUAUCCCGACCCGCCGUUGUUGACGAUCAACUACUCGAAGAUCCCCGCCUGGCAUGAGGAGGUGCUCAGACUGACUGACGGGGUGGGAGUUGACAUCGUCGUGGAGAACGGCGGCACCCCGUCGCUGGUCCAAUCCAUGAAGUGCACGCGGAGGGGAGGGAUUGUUAGCCAGGUCGGAUAUCUGGGCAAGCAAAAUCCCCAGGACUUGGCCGAGUUAGUGUCAAUCAUUAUCGAUAGACGAGUGGUGUUGAGGGGCAUCAACGCGGGAUCCAAGUACGAUACGGAAGACUUUUGUGCAGCCCUGUCGGCGACGAAGACACGAUUAGAUGACUUGAUCGAUUCGGUGUUUCCGUUUGAGAAAGCAGAGGAAGCGGUCGAGUUUGUUUGGCAGGGGAAGCAGGUGGGGAAGAUUGUUCUUCAGCUGUAG